UUUUUUUUUGGAAAAGAGAAAACGAUACAUUUUUUAUUUCAAAAUUAUAGACAUCCCAAAUUUUUCAAAAGUUAUAAGGUGAACAAACUUUACAGAAUUCGUUGACUGUUUGAUCCAAAUUUUUGCAUCCUUAUUUAUUUCUUUGUGGAUUUAGUCAUAAAACUUUAUAUAUUUUGUGAACUAUUAUUUAACAUAGAAUUUAACUGAAUAUCAAAUUUCAUAUUUUGAAGUCUUAGUUCUACUGAAAUAGAAAAAAAAAGCUUUUCGUUCUGUCCGCCUACCGUCUGUCUGUUCGCGACUUUCUUAUACAAGCAGUUUCCUCCAUUUUUGAUUACACCAACAAUUUGAUGACUAGAUUAAUUUGUAUUUAAAUUUUAGAGAAAAAUAUACUUCUGCAUGUGUGGUUUAUUAAUUCGCCUUUAUUAUGUACCUUGGCCAUCUAGAUUAAAAAAAAAUCUUAGAAGUCCCCUCCAAAUUCACUAGAUUAAUGCACCACAAUAAUUCUUCAAUAUAUCAGUGUUUUGAAAUUUUACUCAUGCUUUGAGCUUGACAGAUUGCUGUCCCCACCAAACUUGGGAUGACGUCACUUCAAAAUUUGCUAGUAGACUUAAUAUUUACCCACAUUUUGCAUUUUAAAAUCUAAUUGUUCCAAAAUUCGGGUAAAACCGUGCUAAUGUUGUAGUUAGAAAGUAUGCAGUUAAAGAAAACCAGUUGUCAAAGGUCGAACAGAUACUUUUGUUAAUGAUAAUCGAUUAAGAGUGGAUUCUUAUCAAAGUAUUAUUGAUUUUUACUAGAUUUGUUGCACCCUAUGUGAACACGCUGUAUAUUGAAAUCAAAGAAUUGCCUCGACAUGCAUAACUACUUACUCACCAAGUAUGUAUACGUACGGUUAAUUAGUUACAUCGAUAAGUUUGAUAAACUACUAAAGAAAACAACCACACUAACAAGCCGGUAAUUUACCACAAAUCUCGCAUUUCGACCAGCUCUUAGUUCCGCCUAUGCUGUCGUAAACUAUAAAUUAGCGCCACAUCCGCCAAGAGACAGAUUGAUUUAAAAAUUGUCCAGCGUGCAGUGUUGUGUCGUCACUUGCUGUUAUCAUGGACCAGGGAAUCAAACCACAAAAACAAGUCCAUCCGAGAGAAACUGCCAACAUCGUCUCACUAAUAACAUUCUUUUACUCCUUUAACUUAUUCAAACGAGGCUUUAAAAAGGACCUGGACGAAGAUGACAUGUACGAGGUCCUGGUCAGCUGCAAGUCCAAGAAUCUGGGCGACCAAAUGGAGGCGCAAUGGGACUUGGAUAAAAAAAAGUACAAGACGCCGUCGCUCCUGCGGGUACUGUGGGCCUGCUUUGGGAAAACCUACCUUGUAUUUGGAGUGGUGCAGCUCAUUAUGAGGACCGUUCUUGUUUUAUCCGUACCAGAAGCUCUAGGAAAACUCGUCUCCUACUUCAGCCCAGGCCAGACCGCCGUAACCAAAGAAGACGCCUACUACUACGCCGCCACCGUCAUAAUCCUCAACUUAGUCAACUUCAUCUACACCCAAAACUAUCUCAUCGCACUAACAGAAUUCGGAAUCAGAAUCAGAACAGCAAUAUGCUCCUUCAUCUACCGCAAGGCCCUAAAAAUGACCGAAAAAUCCCUCACCGACAUAUCAAUGGGAAAAAUCGUCACCCUCAUCACCAAGGACAUCUUCGCAAUCGAAAUGAUCAUCCUGUUUGGUAACGACAUCUGGAUAGGCCUCAUCCAGACCGCCCUCAUCUGCUACCUCAUCUAUGGAAAAAUCGGAGUCGCGGCAUUCGCAGGAGUCGGCUUCUUCCUCAUAAUUCUACCCCUACAAAUUGUCAUCGGACGAAUGUCGACGUUGUUUCGUCUGAAAACCAGCAAACAAACGGACGAAAGAAUCCAACUAACUCAAGAGAUUCUGUCGACUAUCAAAACCAUCAAAAUGUACGCUUGGGAAAAUUUCUUCUGUGACAGGAUUUCGCAGUCGCGCAAAAAAGAAGUCAACUCAAUUUUCAAACUAUUCCUCUUGAAGAUCAUCAUCAUCGUAAUCGGGGGACUUUCCGCAAAAAUUGCUUUCUAUCUCCUCAUCAUGACCCAUGUCUGGAUGGGUAAUUACAUCACGGCUGAAGUCGUCUACUUCAUUAAAAGCUGCUUCCACAAACUCAGACACCUUCUGAGCAUAAUGCUUCCACUUGGUAUCACGUUUGGAGCAGAAUUCUCCGCCACUUCUAUCAGAAUGAAGAGUAUUUUGAACGCCGAAGAAGCACCAACGUCGCGAAGUCCCAUUGAAAUAUCCACCAAAGACCCCGCUAUUAUUUUCAAUAAAGUGUCAGUCACAACGCGAGGGGUUGACAUUAUCAAAGAAACCACAAUGGAACUGAAGAAAGGGCUCAACAUUGUCGUCGGGCACGUAGGUUCCGGGAAAAGCACGUUCCUCAAGACCAUCCUCGAAGACCACAAAUUCGACGGUAAUUUGACCAUUUAUGGCACGUUGUCGUACGCGUCGCAAGAACCGUGGUUGUUUCCGUCCACCAUCAAACAAAAUAUAUUGUUUGGGGAAAAAAUGAACCACGAGAGGUACAGAAAAGUUUUGGAGAUUUGUGCUCUGAAUCAAGACUUGAAGGGGUUCAGCGAUUGUGACGAUAGUCUGGUGGGUGAUAAUGGUGUCAAUUUGAGUAAAGGUCAACAAGCUCGAGUUAAUCUAGCCAGAGCGGUAUACAAGGAAGCUGAUAUUUAUCUGCUAGAUGAUUGUCUGGCGGCUCUCGAUGGACACGUCAGCGACUACAUUUUCAAAGAGUGCAUUCUGGAUUUUCUCAAAGGCAAAAUGUGUGUUUUUGUCAGUAAUAGCGACGAUUAUGUGCCGUCGUCCGAUUGGAUUAUCAAUAUCAAUGACGGUAGUAUCAAAUUGAACGAAAACACGAAAAAAGUCGCUUUCGAGUUGGUAAACAACAAAGAGUUAGCUUUGACGAAAUGCAACGACGAAAUCGUAGAGAAAAUUGAAAAAGAGUCAGAAGCGAAACCGAUUUAUAAAGAAGACAAGAAAAAGGGGAAAGUUGAUAUUGCCACCUAUAGAAAAUAUAUAUCGUUUGGUGGCGGCUAUUUCCUCUUUGGUUUCAUUAUGGUCAUGUUCGUGGUUGUCCAAUCUAUAGUGAGCUAUAGCGAUAAACUGGUGAGCAACUGGGUAACCCUCGAGCAGAACUUAUCAAAUUUUCAAAUGAUGAAUAUGACGAACACGUCUAUAUUCAUUGAAACCGAGAGUCAAAGAACGAGUAUCUUAAACCUGUACACUAUCAUUAUAGUGUCAUCGACGGCGCUCUCUCUAAUGAAAUCGCUAACCUUUUUCUCUUUCAACAGAAAAGCGUCUAUCAAUCUUCACAAAGUCAUGAUACAAAAGAUAAUCAAUGCUAAAAUGACUUUCUUCGAUUCUCAUUUUAUCGGAAAUGUACUUAAUCGAUUUUCUAAAGACUUGUGUACUAUAGACGAACAUUUACCCUUUGUGAUGAACGAAUGUUUCGAGUUAUUAUUUAUUAUGUUCGGGAUUAUUUUUCUCGUGGCGACCGUCAACGCCAUUUUUCUCAUUCCGGCGUCAAUUUUCUUCGUCAUUGCGUAUUUGGCCAGAUUCGUCUACCUCAGAACCGGUCGAAGUCUACAAAGACUAGAAGCGUCAACUCGUAGCCCGCUGAUUGGUCACUUGAAUGCAAGCUUGGAAGGUCUGACCACAAUCAGAGCUUUCAAAGCCCAACAAAUCAUCAAAGACGAGUUUGACAGACACCAAGAUCUCUACACUUCUGUGAAUUACACCCUCCAUAACAGCAUGCGAGCUUUGGCGUUCGUUUUAGACAUGAUGUGCUCUCUAUUCAUCAUAAUCGUCAUCCUAAGAUUUUUGAUAUUCGAAGAUGACACCACGGUGGGUAAUGUGGGUCUUGCUAUAACCCAAGCCUUCCAUUUAACCGGUCUUCUCCAAUACGGUAUCCGAAGAUGGGCAGAUUUUGAAAACCAGAUGACUUCAGUCGAACGCGUUUUACAAUACACAGAAGUCGAACAAGAGAAGCAAGACGGUAAAACUGUCAAAGACUGGCCGCACGAUGGCAACAUCACUUACGACAAAGUCGCCUUAAAAUACAACGACCGCAAAGUCCUCAACGACAUCACUUUCACUAUCAAACCACAACAAAAAAUCGGCGUCGUUGGAAGAACUGGAGCUGGAAAGUCGUCGAUUAUAUCAACUCUGUUCCGACUGUAUGAUAUCGAAGGCAACGUCACAAUCGACGGGGUUGAUACUCAAGACCUCGCUCUUCAUUUCUUGCGCUCCAACAUCGCUAUCAUCCCACAGGACCCGGUUCUAAUAUCUGGAACCAUCCGCGACAAUAUCGAUCCGUUGAACCAACACAAAGACGACGAUAUUUGGAAAAUUAUCAAAAUUGUCAAACUAGAAGACGUUGUGACUAACUUAAGCGACAAAAUUGAUGUCAAUGCGACUUUCAGUGCCGGCCAGAAGCAGCUGAUUUGUCUAGGUAGAGCCAUAAUCCGGCGCAACAAGAUCGUGGUUUUAGACGAAGCCACUGCUAAUUUGGACAACGAAACGGACUCUUUGAUACGAAACGUGAUCGACGAAAAUUUUGCCUUGUGUACUGUGAUAACUAUAGCUCAUAGGUUAGCGUCAGUUUUGGCUUCUGAUGUUGUGAUGGUGGUCGACGAUGGAAGGAUCGUGGAACAGGAUGAACCGAAGAAGUUGUUAGAAAAUAAAAAUAGCUUGUUUUUUGAGAUGAUCAAACAAACGUAGUUAAAUAAAGAAUAAGAGUA